AUGGACGGGCACAGCGGCUGCGACAACGGGCUCGGAGGGAUGGACGGCGAUUUGGCCGAAGAAAAUCCCUCCGCCGAUGGCUCCGCCACCAGCGACAGCGCGGAGGGCUUCAGCGACAAAGACGCGGAGCAGAGCGGCUCCCCAGAGGUGGCCAAGGGCUGCCUGGCCUCGGAGAGCCCCGAGGUGGUGUCUGUGGACGAGGGCGGCGGGUACGCUGCCCAGAAGAACGGCGGGGCCCCCGAGAGCCGCCCGGGGAGCCCCAAGUACCUCACGGAGCAGAGCCACCUCCUGAUCGAGGGGCCCUCGGGGACCGUGUCCCUGCCUUUCAGCCUGAAGGCCAACAGGCCCCCGCUGGAGGUCCUGAAGAAGAUCUUCCCCGCCCAGAAGCCCACCGUGCUGGAGCUCAUCCUCAAGGGCUGCGGGGGGGACCUGGUCAGCGCCGUCGAAGUCCUCCUGUCCAGCCGGUCCUCCGUCGCCGGGGCCGAGCGGACUGCCUCGGACCCCGAGAGCCUCGUCCUGCCCCCCAACGGGCACAUCUUCGAACACACCCUGAGCUCCUACCCCAUCUCCUCCUCCAAGUGGUCGGUGGGCUCUGCCUUCCGGGUCCCCGACACGCUGCGCUUCUCGGGAGACUCCAGCGCCGUGGUGCCCAGCCCCCUGGCCGUGCCCCUGCAGCACCCCUUCCCCCAGCCGCCCCGCUACCCGCUGAUGCUGCGCAACACGCUGGCCCGGAGCCAGUCCAGCCCCUUCUUGCCCAACGACGUCACCCUCUGGAACACCAUGACCCUGCAGCAGCAGUACCAGCUGAGGCCCCAGUACGUCGGCCCCUUCGCGGGCAGCUCGCAGGGCGUCUUCCGGAACUCUCCCGUCCUCCCCAGCCGGCCGGCCGAGGACCCCCGCAUCUCCCUCCCCGAGGACGGCUGUCCCCUCGUGUCCAAGCAGGCCAUCUACACCGAGGACGAGUACGAGGACCGAGCCGACUCCGCCGACUCCCGGAUCCUCAACACCCCCUCCUAA